UGAAGGAACAAAAAGAAUUUGUAAAAAUUGUCAUGAUGAAUGUUUAGCUACAUUAUAUUGUGAACAUUGUGUUCGAAAUCAUUUAAAAUCAAAUUUUUCAAAUUGGACGUCUGGAAAUAAUGAUAUUGAUAAUUUAAUACAACAAUGUCAAAUGGAAACAUUUAGACCAGAUAGAAUAAUAGAAUGGAUUCCAUAUAAUAAAUUACAAGAUAUUAAAUAUUUAACUAAAGGUGGAUGUUCUGAAAUUUAUACAGCAGAUUGGAUUGAUGGACGCUAUGAUGAAUGGGAUUCAAAAGAAAAACAAUUAAAAAGAACUGGAGGACAUCAAGUAAUACUCAAAAAAUUAGAAAAUGUUGAAAGUGCUAAUAGAAACUGGUUUGAAGAGAGUAAAUUUCAUCUAACCAUAAGUAACAAAUGGGUACAGGUUGUUCCAUGCUACGGCUUAACAAAGGAUCCGUCAGAUUGCUCAGAUGGAAAUUACAUGCUUGUAAUGUUUAAAUUGCAUAAUAAUUUAAGAGAAUAUUUACAACAAAAUCAUAAUAAUCUUACAUGGAAAAGAAGAUUUCAAAUCAUUGAUAAUAUUGUUGAUGGAAUUCGUAAAAUUCACGGAGAAAAUGCAAUUCACAGAGAUUUGCAUUCUGGAAAUAUAUUAUUAUUUAAUGAUACAAUUAUUCGCAUAAGUGAUCUUGGAUUUUGUGGACCACCUGAUAAACCAUUAAAUAGUUUAUAUGGAAAUCUUCCUUAUAUUGCACCCGAAGUUAUUUCUGGAAAAGAAACUCCUUUUGCAUCUGAUGUUUAUAGUAUUGGAAUGCUCAUGUGGGAAAUUUCAUCUGGGAAACCACCUUUCAUUAAUUGUGAACAUGAUUAUGAACUUGCACUAAAAAUAAUUAAUGGAAUGAGACCAAAAAUAAUACCAGGAACUCCUUUAGAAUAUAAAGAAUUAAUAGAACAAUGUUGGAAUGCUUAUCCAGAAAAAAGACCUGAUAUUAAUACUCUUGUUAAUAAAAUAAGUGAAAUUAAUAGAUUAAAUUAUCAAAAUGAAUCAAAUGAAAACCAAAGUAUAUUUAGAAAAUUAUUUGUAAAAAUUAAAUUAUCUAAACCAAAAGCAAAUAUUAUUUCAAAAAUAAAUGAUACGAACAGUUCAGAUACAAGUACAAGUAGAUUAUUUACAAGUAAAGUUCAUCAAUAUAGAAAUCUUCCUGAACCAAAAAAUGCAACUGAAGAAGAACAAGAAGUAACCCUUAUGGCUUUAGCAUUCCCUAUAAUAUUGAAGAUUUUGAUAAUAAAAGUAAUAAUAAUAUAUCAAAAUCAAGUAAUUUAUUUAAAGGUGCUAGCAAAAAACUGUUUAAAGUAUUUGAGAAUAAUGCAAAUAAAUUCAAGUAAUGAUAAUCAAGAUAAUUAUAAAGAAGAAACUAUACAAGUCAAAAAAAUAAUGAUGUAAUAAUCCCGAUGAUUGAUUUUAAACUAUCUAAAUUUAGAAAAAAGUAAUUUAUCGACCGGUCAAUGUAUCGAUCACUUUCAAAAAUUACUGAGGACUCUCGUUUGCCACGUUAUUUGUCACGUGGCUUAAUUUCUUAAUGCCGUAAUGCAAAUCGGGUAUUGGUAUAUCGUCUAUAUCGACCUCUUCAAGUGUUGACACAUCUGUAAGCUCACGAAUGGUCAAUAAAUUACAAAUCCUUAAAUUUAUACUUGCUAUUAUUUCUCAUAUUUGUUUCUUAUAUACAUAUUUGUACUUUUUUUUAUUUAGAAUUAUUUAAACACCAAAAAUAUAGU